GGCGCGUGCUCUUCCGGCAGUGUUCGGGGCCUCCGCCUCCCGGGUUCUGUAUGGGUCACCUCUUCCUCCGCAGCCUCCUCUUCCUGGCGCUUCCGUCCACACCGCUGCGGCCCUCUCGACGGCUGGGCCUCCAACCCGCCCCAUCCCCCAAACGGCCCCGCGCUGAGUCCAUGGCGCCGGCCCGUCCCCGCAUCGGGACCCAUAAUGGCACCUUCCACUGCGACGAGGCGCUGGCGUGCGCGCUGCUGAGGCUGCUGCCCGAGUACCGGGAGGCCGAGAUUCUGCGCACCCGAGACCCGGCGCUGCUGGCCACCUGCGACGUGGUGGUGGACGUGGGCGGCGAGUACGACCCUCAAAGACACCGCUAUGACCAUCACCAGAGGUCUUUCCGCGAGUCCAUGAGUUCCCUGCGGCCCGGCAAGCCUUGGCAGACGAAGCUGAGCAGCGCGGGCCUGGUCUACCUGCACUUCGGCCAGAGACUCCUGGCCCAGCUGCUGGGCACCACCAUCGAUGACCGCACCGUGGAGACCGUCUAUGACAAGAUGUACGAGUAUUUUGUGGAGGAGGUUGAUGCCAUAGACAAUGGGAUUUCUCAGUGGGAAGGAGGAAAGCCUCGCUAUGCACUGACCACCACUCUGAGCGCUCGGGUGGCGCGGCUGAACCCCACCUGGAACCAGCCGAAUCAGGACACAGAGGCUGGCUUUCACCGGGCCAUGGAGCUAGUACGUGAGGAGUUCCUCCAGAGGCUAGAGUUCUAUAAACAAAGCUGGCUUCCUGCCCGGGCGCUUGUGGAAGAGGCCCUGGCCACUCGAUUCCAGGUGGACUCAAGUGGAGAGAUUAUAGAGCUGUCUCAAGGUGGAUGUCCCUGGAAGGACCAUUUGUUUGAUCUGGAGUCUGGGCUGACGCCCGUAGUGCCCAUUGCCUUCGUGCUCUACCCUGACCAGAACGGUCAGUGGCGGGUUCAGUGUGUGCCGAAAGAGCUUCACUCCUUUGAGAGCAGGCUGCCCCUGCCUGAGCAAUGGCAGGGUCUCCGAGACGAGGCCCUGGACCAGAUUAGCGGCAUCCCUGGCUGUAUCUUCGUCCAUGCCAACGGCUUCAUUGGUGGGCACCGCACCAGAGAAGGUGCCCUGAGUAUGGCCCGGGCCACCCUGACCCAGCACCAAACCCCUCUGCCUCCUAACACAUCGCAAUAAAAUUCUGUGCAGGUGCCCAA